AAACUGGAUUCUAACCAAAGAAUAAAACAAAACAAAAAUUGUUUGCUAAAGAGAAGACAAUAAUGGAGGAGGACCGCGUGAGAUUCAUAUGCAAAAGAACUGUGGUGAGCACUAGAUCGAUGGAACCAGGGCGAUUAUACAGGUUUUCAGUAUUGGACCACGUCAUGGAACCAAACCACAUUCGUCUAGUGUACUAUUACCGGUCUUCCAAGACUAGAGAACCGGGAGAAAUCACAAAAAAAUUAAGGGAGUCAUUAGCAUACGCCCUCAACUGUUAUCCAAUUGUAACCGGGAGAUUGGUUAAGGAAAUUGAUGGUACGGAAGAGAAGGAUGAUGUGAAUCGGCAGUGGAAGGUGAAGAGCAAUGACGCUGGCAUGAGGAUGGUGGAGGCGAGAGCAACCGGGUCGGUUGAAGAAUGGCUUAGGAGUGUAAAUAGAGAGGAAGAACUCAAGCUUGUUCAUUGGGAAGACAUGUAUCAUCUUCAUUAUUAUUGGUCUACCUUUUGUGUUCAGGUGACUGAGUUUGAAAGUGGUGGGCUAGCUAUUGGGUUAAGUUGUAGCCAUCUCUUAGCCGAUCCAGUUUGUGCAAUGAUGUUUAUUCGAGCUUGGGCAGAUUUAACUCUGUCUCGAUCCAUGAUGGCUCCACCACUAUUCCACCCGUUGCCGCCUCGCCGGCUUGCCAACCAUAAACUAAUCUCUAACAACCAACUGCUUAGCCAUUACAUCAAAUCUUGCUCUCUAACGGCUUCACCAUCAAACGUGACCGAAGACCAUAUGGUCACGGUUACUUUUCUAUUCCCGGAUCCGCUGAUCAGAGCCGGUGAGAAUGAGCCAAGGAUUUCGACAUUUGAGAUUUUGGCUGGACUCUUUUGGGUCUGUGUGAGUCGAGCCAAAGGAAAGAGAAACGAGCUCAUGGACAUGUCCUUGUGCUUAGACGUUAGGAAAUUAUUGCGUUUAGACCAAGGUUAUUUUGGCAAUUGCAUGGUUUAUCACAAGGUUCCCUAUUCCAAACCGGUUAAAACCAAAGAUAAACUGUUAUUUCACGCUGUUCAAGAGAUUGAGAACAUAACCAAGAAACUAGACUACGACACGGUCAUGGACUUGAUCGAAUGGCUGAGUAGCAGCAAUAACGGUGCAAUAUCUAAUGGCUCUGAUCUCGUGUGUACUAAUUUAGAAAACAUGUCUCAUUCACGUCCGAUGAUGUUCGAGGAGGAUUUGGUUCUGAGCCACUUGUCUUGCUAUGUAAAAGGGCCUGUAGCUGGAGGUGGACAGGUCAUAGUGCUUCCCUCACUGCCCGGUAAUGGACCAAUGAGCCGAGUGGUUAUGGUCAGUCUUCCUCAAAGAGAGAUGGUUAAGGUUGUAGAAGAUGAGCUUCUUCUAAGCUUUUCUCCGGUUGUAAUUAUGGAAAAUACCGAACAAAUAUAAUUUUACAUUACAUGAAAGUCUUAGUUAUUAUUGUUUAUACUAAAAAUCAAUGUAAUCU